AUGAGUAAAGGUUUCUUAAUGUGUCACAUUCAUCUGCUAGGUAUCGCAGAAGAACAACGUAAAAUGACAGAUGAUCAGAAAUCCCUUUUCACUACUGCAAUGACAGAACUGAAACCUCAAGGUAGUAAAUAUGUACCACCUGAUAUGCGUGAUGGAGGCAGCAAACGCGAAGAUUCUAUGCAAAUGCAAAGACGCGAUGAUACAACUGCUAUUCGUAUUUCUAAUUUAUCAGAGAGUACUACAGAUGCUGAUUUGGUUGACCUUGUUAAGCCGUUUGGAAUUCCUCGUAAAUUUUAUCUUGCUAAGGAUAAAAAAACCAAACUUUGUAAAAGAUUUGCAUAUGUACAUUUUCAAUACAGAGUGGAAGUUGCAGCAGCUAUUGCUACAUUGAACGGUCAUAAUUAUGAAUAUCAUAUCUUGAAUGCAGAUUGGACAAAACCACAGCAAUAA